UUAUGUGCCAUAGCCUUAAGAUAAGUGUGUAUCAUGAUAGCAUAAAAGUACAUAAUAUAUUGGAAUAAAAAUUGUUAAACCUACUCAGCUAUUCAAUUUAGAAGUCAACCAAAUUUUGUAUAUUUCAAUUGCGUGAAAAUCAAGGUUAUCACUUAGGUAAGAGAGAGAACCAAAGUAUAUGUAUAAAUGAUGGCAAAUGCAACAGAGGAAAGAUCCGGAGUAGAAUUACUACCAUGCAGCUUCAAAUUUCAUAAUUUUGUUGCCAAAGUCAGUGAUACUAAUAUUAAUUGCCAAAUAAUAAGGAUGGAAGAUUCUUUGUAUCUGUGGAUUGGAGAUUCUGUUAAUGGCAGCAUGGGAGAUUUGUCUUUUGCUCUCACAUCAAGUUUUGAGAAACAGCCUAUUGCAACCAAAAUCAUGGGUUCUACAGCAGAUGCUACAUCCACAAACAUGGCUAAGAGAUUAAGCAUGAAGUUUGGAAAAGCAAUAUAUGUUAGUUUUAAUAUAACUCCAAACAAUAUAAUAUUACCAGGAAUCGAAAAAAUAAUUCAAGAGGAGUUCAAGACACAUGCAGAUCUGUUAAGUUUUUGACUUGAUUAUUGAUA